AUGGCUGAGCCAUACCCUGCGGAGACGAAUGCAUCCGGCGAAAUCACAUCCUUCAUCGCGCUCCCAACAGUCUUUACCCCGCCGUCCAGUUGCUCAACUGUCUUCCGACUCAACGGCUUCAGUAUAGUAGCCUAUGAUCCAGGCUUCGGAAUUGACGUCGAUACGAGAGUCCGAUGCGCACCGGCCGCUGUAACGACAUGGUGGGAGCAAAGGCGACUCGGAGUCUACAAUGGCGACGGACACACUGCCAUGAGCAUCGGACCUUUGACCUGCCCUUACCAAUGGUCCACCGUCGCUUCGUACGUGAAAGAUGAAUUAUGA